GAAGAUUUGCUGCACUCUUCUCUAACCCGUAAAUUUUGACAGUUUUGGGUGGUUUGUUUUGGCUCCCAUUCGUUGCCAUCUCUUUUACUCAGAGACAAAAUGAUUGGAAUCAAAAAGUGAGGUUAGGGACCGUGCACUGCUCUAUGUCAAGUUGAUUUUUAUUUGUUUGUGUAAUCAUCUGUUGUUAGGACAUUUCCAACAUUCUUCCGCUAAGGAGCCACUCGACAGUCGCAAGUUCAAUAUCGAGCACAGUGUGAAGUGUGAAAGCAUGCUCCGGAGAUUAGCGUAUUAUCAGCAGAGAAUUCUCGUAAAUGCGGCGACGUCGACGGCGAUGGGCGUCCUUCCACGACGUAGCAGCCAUCACGCAGCCCGUUAUCAUGGCGACGGUGGCGACGAGAAAAACAGAUCACUAGAUCCGCGCGGCAGUGAAAACAUUCCAGCUAAAACCAGGUAUUCCACCCCUCCCGCAUCGUCGUCGGCCGCCAAUCGCGUAGACCCCUCGGAUCGCAGCAAGAUACUGCAAAACACGAAAACCUCUCGCCAGCACCUGACACCCCAGUUGACGCUGCACCUUAUCACCGAAGAGUGCACCAUCUACCACAGACCCAUCGACGACAGCUUUUGCUUCGCUGCCGAACCGUUCUGGGGAUUUUUCUGGCCCGGCGGACAAGCAUUGACCAGAUUCAUUCUAGAUAACGGGCGAUUGUUCUCCGGGAAAGCCGUUCUGGACGUCGGUUGUGGCUGUGGAGCUUCUUCCAUUGCAGCGCUCCUAUCGGGUGCCAGUUUCGUCACUGCCAAUGACAUCGAUACGGUUGCCCUUCAGGCCACGCUUCUCAACGCGGAACUUAACAUCGUCGAGCAGCUGCGGUUGGAGCUGGACGGGACCAACCUAAUCGGAGCGCCAUGUGAUCGCUAUGACGUCAUACUGAUUGGCGACCUUUUCUACGAUGCCGAAAUCGCUGACGUGCUAAUGCCGUGGUUGAACAAGUUGGCAAUCGCGGGAAAAGAUAUCUACAUAGGCGAUCCGGGGAGACACGGACUGACGGAGACGCGAAUGAGAAACAUGAUUCACCUUGCCCGCUUCGAGCUGCCGCCUAAUGUUUGCUUGGAGAAUAACGGAUUUUCUCAUGCCAAUGUUUGGAAAUUUGUUGCUGAUGCCGGCGAAUUUGAACGGAUGAGUUAGCACUAAAUUUGAUUGCCUACUAAGGGAGUAUGUUUGUAUGCGUGAUGAUUAAUGCGGACAAGGUCGAUCAGUG